AUGGCGGCGAGCACCCCGGACUACUCGUUCCUCCCGGCGAACCUAAUCCCGGACCCCGCGAACCCGGCAUGGAUGAACAAGGGCGACAACGCGUGGCAGCUGACCGCGGCCACGAUGGUGGGGCUCCAGAGCAUCCCGGGGCUGGUGAUCCUGUACGGCAGCAUCGUGAAGAAGAAGUGGGCCGUGAACUCGGCCUUCAUGGCCCUUUACGCCUUCGCGGCCGUGCUCGUCUGCUGGGUGGGCUGGGGCUACCAGAUGUCGUUCGGGAACAAGUUCGCGCCGUUCCUGAACAAGAUCGACGACGCGCUCGACCAGCACGUGCUCCUCAAGCAGACGUUUGGGGGAUACAAGUUCCCCAACGCUACCAUGCUCUACUUUCAGUUCGUCUUCGCCGCCAUCACGCUCAUCCUCAUCGCCGGGGCCCUCCUCGGCCGGAUGAGCUUCUACGCCUGGAUGGCCUUCGUCCCUCUCUGGCUCACCUUCUCCUACACCAUCGGCGCCGCCAGCAUCUGGAGCCCCAACGGCUGGCUCAACAAGAAGGGCCUCAUUGAUUACUCCGGCGGCUACGUCAUCCACCUCUCCUCCGGCGUCGCCGGCUUCACCGCCGCCUAUUGGGUGGGGCCGAGGGAGACUAAAGAUAGGGAGAGGUUUCCCCCAAAUAACAUCCUGCUGAUGUUGGCCGGGGCGGGGCUGUUGUGGAUGGGGUGGACCGGGUUCAACGGUGGCGAUCCUUACAUGGCCAGUAUUGACGCCUCGCUCGCCGUGCUCAACACCCACGUCUGCGCCGCCACUAGCUUGCUCACUUGGUUGCUCUUGGAUAUCAUUUUCUUCGAGAAGCCUUCUGUCAUCGGCGCCACGCAGGGGAUGAUCACCGGAUUGGUGUGCAUCACACCUGCUGCAGGGGUUGUGCAAGGAUGGGCCGCCAUCAUAAUGGGCAUCCUCUCCGGCUCGAUCCCGUGGUUCACGAUGAUGGUCCUCCACAAGAAAGUAUGGCUUCUCCGCCAAGUCGACGACACAAUGGCUGUAUUCCACACACACGCGGUGGCCGGAACCCUAGGCGGCCUCCUCACCGGCUUCUUCGCCAACCCAAGGCUAUGCUACCUCUUCUACCUUGCCGAAAACUACGAGCACUACAUAGGCCUGGCCUACGGCAUCCACAACGGGAGAGCCAGCGCCGGCUUCAAGCAAAUGGGCAUCCAGAUCCUCGGCGUCGUCUACAUCCUCGUCCUCAACGUCGUCAUCACCAGCAUCAUAUGCAACCUCAUCAGGCUCGUCAUCCCGCUCAGGAUGUCGGACGAGCAGCUGCGGUUGGGCGAUGAGGCUGUUCAUGGCGAGGAGGCGUACGCGCUCUGGGGCGACGGCGAGAAGUUCGAGCGCUCCGUGCACAACUCUGUUUAUGGAGGGGAUCAGGAGCUUGGAGCUGUGCAACAUAAAGCUUUCAAGAUGGAUGAGGUCCUCUAUUCAAUAUUCGAUUUUUUCCUCAGAAUAUUGUUUGACACAGUCAGAGUGGCAAAGGCGGUUGAUCAUAAUGAAAUUCGUUGUUACUGUGUAUGCAUCUCCUCAUAUCUUCUCAAACCCAACCCACUUCUCUCUCUCUACAAUUCUCACUCAUCCCCCACGCCAACUACCUCUGGCGUGCGGCCUCCCCCGCCCCACCGCAUUCCGGUCAAGGAAGAAGCAGCACUCUGCGGAGUGGAUCUCCGAUCUGGUGGAGAUGGAAACUCUGCGGAGUGGAUCUCCGAUUUGGUGGAGAUGGAGAAGCAGCACUCUAAGGAAGAAGCAGCACUAUGCAGAGUGGAUCUCCGAUCUGGUGGAGAUGGAGAAGCUCUCCGAUUACACGUGCAAUGGGGCGUACACGGCAUCGUAGAACAAGCUGAUGAGCAGAAUGGAUUCAUGGAGCAGAUUCAUGGCAAUUUUCAGGGAGAUCGCGCAUCUGUAGGGAGUGAACGCGGAUAUGUUGCAGGCGUCAUACGAUCUGGAGAUGAGGAUGGAGGCAUAUUGGGAGGUGGUGACAAGUACGAUGGUGGAUAA